AUGAAGAGAAGAGCCCGAGAAAUUUUUUUCUGGCCCGGAAUCAACGCUGACAUUGACCGCGAACAUGACAAAUGCAGCAAAUGCGAGAAGUACAAAUCAAGAAACGCCAAGAUGCCACUCCUCAGCCACGCACUGCCAACGCUUCCUUGGCAGUUGGUCGGGACCGAUUUCUUCACUCAUGAAGGAAAAGACUACAUAAUCCUGGUGGAUUUUUACUCAUUUUAUUUUGAGGUAGAAGAAAUGAAAAGUACCACAGCUUCCAAAGUCAAAGAGUUCUGCCUUAAGGUAUUCGCAACACAUGGACUGCCGUUGAAACUUAUAAGCGACAAUGGCCCACCAUUUGGCAGCCAGGAGUUCAAGCAGUUCUUGGAAAACCUGAAGAUAGAACAAGCUACAUCAAGCCCUUACCACGCUCGAUCAAAUGGCAUGGCUGAACGAGCCGUGAGACAGGCCAAUUGCAACUCUUGCGAAAGAGUGCCAACACUGAAGAGUUUUACCGCUCCCUCCUUGAGUGGCGCAACACUCCACGAGACGAUGUCCUCCAAUCGCCAGUACAGAGACUGA